AUGUAUUAUGGAAUCAGCCAGUUUAGUGAGGCCUAUAACAAGAUCUUAAGGAAUUCAUCAUCUCAUUCAUCAUGUCAAUUAGUCAUUUUCGUUUCGUGUCUGAACAUCGAUGCAUUAUGUGCGACGAAGAUGCUAUCGCUAUUAUUCAAGAAACAGCUGGUUCAAUCUCAGAUAGUACCGAUCUUCGGGUAUUCGGAAUUACGACGCCAUUAUUCACAGUUGGAUGACAACAUAAACAGUCUACUACUAGUGGGUUUUGGAGGCGUUGUUGAUCUAGAAGCUUUCCUAGGGAUUGAUCCUGAUGAGUACGUAAUUGAUACAGAUCAAAAGCCCGGUGAAAAAAGCUUCAGAAGAGACAUUUAUGUAUUAGAUGCUCACAGGCCGUGGAACCUUGAUAAUAUAUUCGGAUCGCAGAUUAUACAGUGUUUUGAUGACGGUACCGUGGAUGACACAUUAGCUGAACAAAAAGCAGCCUACUACAAGCUAUUAGAGUUGGAAAAUGAAAGAGAGCAGGAUAGCGAUGAUGGGCUUUCAGAUGACGAUGACGAUGACGAUAAUGAUGGCGAGGAUGAGAUGACUGACGCCGACGAGGCUACUGACGAAGGUGAAGAUAAAGAAGAACAAAACGGUAGCACAGCAUCUACUAAAAGAAGUAGUUCUGAUAAAAAUCCAAAUGCUCUUCCAAAGAAAAAGCAACGAAAAAAGCAAAUCCAUGAAUCUGAAGGUGUGCUAGAGGAAUAUUAUUCGCAGGGCACCACGGUGGUUAAUUCAAUAUCUGCACAAAUAUAUUCGUUAUUGUCUGCUAUCGGUGAAACGAACCUAUCGAACUUGUGGUUGAAUAUAUUGGGUGCCACCUCAUUAGACACCGCUUAUGCUCAAGUCUACAAUCGACUAUAUCCAUUAUUACAGGACGAAGUAAAACGUUUAACACCAAGCAAUAGAAAUUCAGUAAAGACUCCGGACACAUUGUCAUUGAACAUCCAACCUGACUACUAUCUUUUUUUAUUAAGGCAUUCUUCGUUAUAUGAUAGUUUCUAUUAUUCCAAUUAUGUUAAUGCUAAACUUUCUCUAUGGAAUGAGAAUGGGAAGAAGAGGUUGCAUAAAAUGUUUGCCAGAAUGGGCAUACCAUUAAGCACGGCACAGGAGACUUGGCUUUAUAUGGACCAUUCCAUCAAGAGGGAACUCGGGCUGAUAUUUGACAAAAAUCUAGACCGUUAUGGGUUACAGGAUAUUAUUAGAGAUGGAUUUGUCAGAACCCUGGGAUAUCGUGGGUCCAUAAGUGCCAGCGAGUUCGUAGAGGCUCUAACAGCCCUGUUGGAAGUAGGUAAUACAAGCGAUAAAGACGACGUAAAGAUAAAUGAUAAUAAUGGAGAAGACACUGAUGGAGAAGACGAUGAUGGUGAUAAUGUCGAAAAAUUGAAUAAUCUAAGGAAGAAAUGGGUCUYGAAUUUCUGGUUAAGUUGGGAUGCUUUAGACGAUAGAAAAGUAGAACUACUAAAUCGGGGUAUUCGAUUGGCACAAGAUUUACAAAAGGCAAUUUUUAACACCGGUGUUGCCAUACUAGAGAAAAAAUUAAUAAAGCAUCUAAGGAUUUAUAGAUUAUGUGUCUUGCAAGAUGGACCAGAUCUGGACUUGUACAGAAACCCGUUAACGUUGUUGAGACUAGGAAAUUGGCUCAUAGAAUGUUGCGCUGAAUCUGAAGACAAGCAAUUAUUACCCAUGGUGCUUGCCAGUAUGGAUGAAAGUACAGAUACGUACUUGGUGGCGGGGCUAACACCUAGGUAUCCCCGUGGGCUGGACACGAUACACACAAAAAAACCAAUCUUGAAUAAUUUUAGUAUGGCGUUUCAACAAAUAACGGCAGAGACGGAUGCAAAAGUUAGAAUAGAUAAUUUUGAAAGUUCUAUAAUAGAAAUUCGUCGAGAGGAUCUGUCGCCAUUCUUGGAGAAAUUGACCUUGAGUGGGUUAUUAUAA